AUAAUAUAAGUAUUAUAAAAACUAAUUCAAAUAUACCUCACCAAUGGAAACUGAGACUAAUACAGAGCUUCAGCUAGAAGAUGUCAUUGACGAAACUAUCGUAGAAGAAGCAUCCAUUCACGAAAAUGUGUCCACACAAUCCACGCCGUCCAGUGAGGAUAUGGUGAAAAGCGCUGAGAAGGAGGAAAAGUUGCUGAUGCUGAGGGAAGUCAAGAGGCGGCUAAGGGAGCGCGAGAAGGAGGAGGAGAAGAUCCUGGAAGUCCAGUCCAUAUCGGAAAAGGAGGAAGAGGAGGAGCAUUUGUUGUGGUCCAAGCUCGAAGAUGAUGUCGAAAGUAAAGUCAGAAGAACAACUCGGUUCUCCGACGUGGCCGCCUUCACAAAGACUUUGGAAACAGCUCAAGAUGAAGGCGAAGAUUCACCCGCUCCCUUCGAAUCCUCCUCAGAAUCGGAGCCAGAAGUCCCUGAGACCGGACGCAAAGACAGCAUCGACCCCAUGAAGUUGGCGGUCAAAACGCUAAUGCUGGUUCCUAGUCUUUCGGAUAUUUCGCUGCCCACGGAGCCGGAACCAGACACAAAAUCCAUAAGAUCUCAGUCGGUAAAAUCUCAACGAUUAACCAUCGCCGAUAAUGAUUACGAUUCGGUUGAGGGGGAGUCUGGCGAAUCACACAGCGAUUCACAGACAUCCAUGGGAAAUCAAAUCAGCUCAAGGUCACUAAGAGAAUCCUCAUCGGACGAGAUUUUAGAGGAGGUUCCAUUUUCUGACCACACGAUAAUAGAUUCCCAAAAGGACAUGGACUUCGAGAGCUACUUUGCUAACCAGCGGGAAAAAAGCGCAGUGUCAGAAGCCGACGUUAGUGCAGAACUUCGGGCUAAGGAGACGCAACAAGUUGUUCUCGAUUUUCUUAACGACAUGAUUAAAAGUGUUGUAGUAGAAGAGCGCAAGGAUACGGACGAGUAUAUCCGAAAGAGUCUGGACAAGGAGAAGCUGCUGGUCUUCCUGCAGAGGGACGUGAAUGACCACAUCGUGGUGAACGAUAGUCACAGGCUGCUCCAGGAACGGGUGAUAGACUACUACCGUCGCUCCAAGAACCAGCGACCCUUUGCCGACUUGCCCCUGAACGAGGAGAUGGCAUACGCAUCCCGUUACGACCAAGCUCUGGCCUAUUUGUCCUACGCCCAAGAGCGCCUGGACAAGGUCAAGGAGAAAUACAGCAUUUUGAUGACCAAGGCUUCGUUGGACCUCGACCAUGCCAUGCACAUCGUCUCCGGCACGGAGGCGCAUCUGGAGCAGACCGUGCGACGACUCCUGAUCCGACCGGAUGCCGAGAGCGACUUCCUCAAGCGUCUGGUUGCCCGCGAGCUGCGGCUGAUGGCCGAACUGCGAAACAGGAUCAGCGACACCCGCCUGUUGGUCAUCUCACAGAAACACACAAUGGGUCUCAUAACGAAAAAAAUAAAAGAGCUAGAAAUGGUUUGCGAAGGUGUAAGCAUGCAAGACUUCAUAAUGGUACAAACAAAGACGUUAGGAUUAGAGAAAAAGAUUGAUGAUCGAAAUCUUGAUUUAAAUAAGCAGCGCAGCCACUAUUACACGGAAUUGCAUCUUAUCAAGCAUAAUCGUGAGAAGACGCUUGCGCUCAAGAACAGAAUAGUUCAACUGAAGAUCAAACUUAUGGAAAAGAACAUUAUUAAAAACGACGUAAAGACCAAGCUGUAUCGGGCGAAACUGGAACGCAAAAAGAUUAAAGGUCGAAUAAAUGAGUUGACCUACCAGGGUGGUAUACUGGCGAUGCCCGCUUUGAUGUACGACUAUGAUCGCACGGUGGCCUAUAUUCGAGAAAAGCAGGAACGGGUCGCCAGCUUAAAGCAAACCCUGAGAUCCCUUAACAGUCACCUCCGAACUGUGUUGCCAGGUACAACGAAAAGUCUAUUUCAUUUGGAUUCCUAACAGUUUUAAGCUAAAUACAUUUUUUCACAAAAAUA